AUGUUUGCUGCCUUACAAGGGCCGCCUCAAAUUAUUGAGCUUGAAACAUUUACCAAUGAGCUGACAGAAGCUAUUAAAUAUCUACAUCAGCAAUCUGAAGCCGUUUUAUUCCAAAGUAGAACAGUUUUUAAAAUAAUUGCAAAAGAAGCGCCCGCAUUUCGAGAACAUUUUAUACAAAUUUCCGAAACAUAUAUUAAAUUAGCAGAUAUAUACAAAACAUCAGCAAUUCAGCUUGAACGCGCUUUAGAAGAUUUCAAAGAUAUUAAUUGUCGUUACGUUGUUGGCAAGAGACUAGAAAAGAAAAGGAACCAUUACAAAUAUCUAUUCAAAGAAGCUGAAACAAAUAGUGAUAAAGCUCUAAAUCGAUUCCAAAAACUUGGAAGCGAUUAUGAGGAAGAAUAUCAAACUGCAAACCUUAGGAAACAAAAACUUGCAUAUGAGUUAUAUAAUGCUGAUAAAGAAUUAAUAGAAUUCUAUGAAAAAUUUAGUAAAUUCAAAAUGCGUCGUGUGAAAUCUGGCUGGGUAAGAUAUUCGGAAGCUUUUAGCUAUCUUAAUGCAAUAGAAGGAAGCUUAUACAACGAGUUAUUAAGACUUUAUAAGUCUAUUUCUUCACAUUCUUCAGAACCCGAGAAAAUUUUAUCGAAGUACCACGUUCCUACAAUAGCUGAAAAAGAUACUCAUGAAGAAGAACAGCAAGAACCUGAUAUAGUUAUUGAAUUACCAACACAAGAAGUACCGUCAAACGUUAUUGAGCUACCAAUGGCUCAAUCAUACGAUUGUACAUAUAGUGAAGACUCAUAA